UUCUCCUUUCUGCUCCAUCCAUCCUCCUGCAAAGAGUUUUCCGCUUCUGCAUCCAAUCUCCUACAUGCGAUUUCCAGAAGUGCGCAUAUAAAGGAAGAUCCGCCAACAUGCGAGCGCAAAUCGAGGUCAUUCCUUGUAAAAUAUGUGGCGACAAGUCUUCGGGAAUCCACUACGGCGUGAUCACCUGCGAAGGAUGCAAAGGAUUCUUCCGCAGGAGCCAACAGAAUAAUGCCACUUAUUCCUGCUCGAGGCAGAGGAACUGCCUCAUCGACCGGACGAACCGGAACCGGUGCCAGCAUUGCCGGCUGCAGAAAUGCUUGGCGCUGGGCAUGUCGCGCGAUGCGGUCAAGUUUGGCCGCAUGUCCAAGAAGCAGCGGGACUCCCUCUACGCUGAGGUCCAGAAGCACCAGCAGAGCCAGGAGCAGGGCGGCGGCGUCGGUCCCAAGGACGAGACGGAGACGUUGUCGAGGGUCUACACCACGAGCGUCAGCAGCGGGAUCUCCGACCUGGACGACAUCUCCAUGCUUUCGGACGGCUUCCUCUUCGACUUCCCGCUGACCCCGGAGGGCGGCAGUGGUGGCGGCGGCUACUACAACCUGGACCUUCUGACCUCCGCCCAGCCGUCGCCCGACCAGUCCAGCAUCGACGUCAGCGACGCCAAACUCAUCAAGCAGGAGUCCAUCUACGAGCUGGUGAUGGAGCCCGGACUCUUCCCGCACGGCUCGCUCGAGGGCGGACCCUUGGCCCCGGACGUCUCCAGGGUAGAGAUCGAACGCCUGGCCCAGAACGUGGUCAAAUCCCACCUGGAAACGUCUCAGUACACCAGCGAGGAGCUGAAAAGAUUGGCCUGGAUGCUCUACUCCCAGGAAGACAUCCGGAACAUGCAGAGCAAGAGCUGCGAGGCCAUGUGGCACGAGUGCACGGUCCAGAUCUCCAACGCCAUCCAGUACGUCGUGGAGUUCGCCAAACGCGUCGACGGCUUCAUGGAUCUUUGUCAAAAUGACCAGAUCAUACUCCUCAAAGCAGGCUGCCUAGAGGUCCUCCUCAUCCGAAUGAUCCGGGUUUUCAACCCUCUGAACAACACGGUGCUCUUUGCGGGGAAAUACGCCGGAACGCAGAUGUUCAAGUCUCUGGGCUGCGACGACCUCAUCAACGCCAUCUUCGAGUUGGGGAGGAAUCUCUGCCGGCUGCAGCUCUCCGACGAGGAGGUGGCGCUCUUCACGGCCGCCGUCCUGCUCUCUCCAGACCGCCCCUGGCUCUCGGAGGCCAAGAAGGUGCAGAAGCUCCAGGAUAAAAUCUACUUGGCUCUGCAGCACGAGAUCCAGAAGAAGAACGGCAACGAAGACAGGCUCUCUAAGAUUAUCUCCAAGCUCCCAUUGAUGAAGACCAUCUGCAACCUUCACUUGGACAAGCUGCAGUUUUUCCGCCUCGUCCACCCGGAGAUCGCCACGAACUUUCCGCCUCUCUACAAAGAGGUCUUCAACUCCGAGCUCCACUACGGCGGCGGACGGGAGAGCUAAGGCAGCCGAAACC